GUUUUACAGGAAGGUAACACAGGAACAUGAAUAUUUAAUAUUUAAUUGAAGACAGUUCUCGCGAGUUUACCGAUAAGUUCUGUAAACUAGAAUAAAACUUAUAUUUUAUAUAAAUAUAUAAAAUAGGUCCCUCCUGGUAAAUAUUUAGAUGUUUAUACAAACAUGUAAACGUUGUGCUCUAUAGCACUUUAUUUAGAAUGGAAAUGAUUCAGCGUUCAUUUUCUUUAAUCUUAAGAGUUUAUCUCCAGUGCUCAGGGUAAAGUCUAUUACUCAUAAACCGUGUCCAACAAACGUGCAGACCAUAAAGAUUAUUGGUGGAUAUGCCAGCUACUGAUAGCCUCCAGCAGCUUUAGAGUGUGGCUACUUAGACAGUCUGUCUCAGCUGGUCCACUACAAAAUAAAACCUGAAGGACUACAUCGUGGGAUUCUGCUUGGGUAAAAGCAUGGGCUGCUGGACAACACUGUCCUCGAACUGGGCGUUUCCCACCACAGUCUUAUCACUUUAUGGGUUUUUCGCUUACUGCAGAAUAGCAGAACCCUUCCUGACACCAUACUUAAUUGGGCCACACAAGAAUAUCUCUGGAGAAGUGCUGAACAACUACUUGUUCCCGAUUUGGACUUACGCUUAUCUGGUCUUCCUCUUCCCGGUCUUCCUCCUGACAGACUUCCUGAGGUAUAAGCCCCUCAUCGUGGUACAGGGGCUCUUCCUCGUCACCAACUAUGUCCUGCUGUGCUUUGCCCCCGGCCUCACUGCGAUGACGUUCCUCCAGGUCAACUAUGCAGUGGUGACCUCCACAGAGGUGGCCUACUUUGCCUACAUAUACAGUGUGAUCCCACCUGAGAAGUACCAGAGGGCCACUGGCUACCUGCGCAGUGCAAUGUUGGCUGGAUAUACAUUCGGCGCCAGCCUCGGCCAAGUGCUCGUCUCCCUAGCAGGAGUGGAUUACUUCUACAUUAAUGCCAUCACUUUGGGGGUUGUGAGCAUAGCAUUUUUAAUCUCCUUCUGGUUGCCCAUGCCCCAGAGGAGCAUGUUCUUCAAAGGGAAAAAGGAAGCAGCUGUGCCUUUGCAAUUUGGGCAGGAGGGUCCACUGGGAGCACACAGGCCGGCGGAACCAGUGAUGAUUAAGGAUGGAGCUGUCAUGGGGAAAGAGAAAAUGGAACAUAACAGAAGCGCUGGUUGGUGCAGCAGGGAAAAUGUGUCCACUGCGUGCCUGCUCCUUUGGCAAAGCUUCAGGGAGUCGUACUCUUCCAGGCAUGUCGUCUACUGGUCCCUGUGGUGGGCUCUGGCCACAUCUGGCUAUGGGCAGAUCUUCAACUACAUCCAGUUGAUGUGGGACCAUAUAGAACCGUCCACUGAAUCAUCCAUUUACAAUGGAGGCGUAGAGGCUGUGUGUUCUCUUGUAGGUGCUGCAGCAGCCUUCUCUGUGGGCUACAUCAGGGUGAGCUGGGCAGUGUGGGGGGAGCUGGCACUGGGGCUCUUCUCAGCCGUGGGCACCGGUGCUAUCUUCCUGAUGGCGCUCACCAGCAGCAUCUGGGCGUGCUACGCUGGUUAUGUCAUAUUCAAGUCCUGCUACAUGUUUCUAAUAACCAUCACAACGUUUCAGAUCGCAGCUAACCUCUCCAUGGAGUCCUAUGCCUUAACCUUUGGAAUCAACACCUUUGUAGCCCUCACUCUGCAGACUGUCAUCACAGCCAUUGUUGUUGAUGAAACUGCUCUGGGACUAGACAUUGUGACUCAGUUCAUCAUCUACGGCAUCUACUAUGCUGUUAUCUCCAUCCUCUUCUUGAUUCGAGGGACCUACACUGCGUGUGCACAUGGUUGCGGUGCUCCUGAGCAGAGAGAGGCCCCGGUUCCCACUGAGGUGAUUGCUGCUGAACGGUUUUGAUCACGGUAGCAUUCCGCCAGACUCGUCAUUUGUAGUUUCCAUCUAGUACACACUAUCUUCCAAUAUGUACAGUAUGUAUGACACAUGCUCUGUAUUAUCUCUAAAACUUGGUAUCAACCAUCAAUACAAUAAAAGCUAUUUUACUUACUAAUGACAUUCAGUGGCUUCAUACUGAAUU